AUGGCAGCAGCCGGAGCUGCACCCGCCGCUGCAUCUAAGACUAAAAAACUUGAGUAUGACGCCUUGGGAAAAGCACUGUACUAUCUGGUGUCUUUUAUCGAAGGCUACGACCAACAGGUGUUGUCCAUGUGUAUGAGGGCUUUCGAGUUGACUUUGGGGUUCUCACAGUCUCAGCUCUCUACUUUGGCAACUGUGUCUACUAUGUCCCGCAUGGGCUGCUGCAUAAUUUGGGGAUUGCUCGGAGAUGAACAUGACUCUAACCACGUACUUGCCGCUGGUUUAUUGUUGAUGGGAAUCGUUUCAAUAUGUCUAAGUUCUGCAUCUCACUACAAAGUGAUCCUAUUCUUGCGUUUCUUGCACGGCUUUGGAUUUGCAUGCGUCUAUCCCGUCCAACAAAAAAUCGUUGCAGAGUCAACUAGUUCAGAGGAAAACAAAACACAAGAAGCGGUGGAAACAACGGCUCCACAGACUCCAACAACUUCGGGGGGAGGACAAAAACGGAAGAAGAAAAAGUCUAAUAGUAUAUUCACACAUCUUCAAGCGUUGAAUUGUAUUGGAAGGCUGUUAUGUGCGGUCAUAACCACUAUUAUUGCACGUAAAGUAUUAUUGGGAUAUUAUGGCUGGCGCACUUCUUACGUUAUUAUAGGAUACGUGUGGAUAUUGUUUGGUGUUGGAAUCGAAUUUGGUAUGAAACUACGGGAAUGUACGAGUUCUGAUGGUGAAAGUAGUAGUGCACAGAUUGUUGCUCCCAAGGAGACAAAGCUGCAUGAUUCACUAGCGGGGGCAGCCCAUGCUGUGUUCACGAGGCCAACAGCAUUGAUUUCGAUAUUUACCUUAUUCAUCGCAGAAGCUCCAAUGUGUGCGUUUAAUUAUAUGACCAUAUAUUUGCAAUAUUUGGGAGUAUCUGACACAAUGGCGGGCGUUGCGAUUGCCAUCACAUUGAUUGGAGGCGCAGCGGGAAGUGGAGCGGGGGGCUAUAUUAUAGAGAAAAUUGCAGAUAUCAAAGACGGAUAUGGUGAACUUGGUUCUGGAAUCGCGGUUAUGGUCGUCCGACUAGUUGUGUCUCUAUUGUUCUUCUUAGGGAAGCCACCAUGUGGGAAGUUACUUUGGUAUCAUUAUGUAGAGUUGGCGACACUUGGAGGGACAUUAGUAACGGUUGGCGGUGUAGAUAGGGCCGUUAUGAAGGAAGUAAUCGAAGAUAAGUACCAGGGUACAGCAUCUGCCAUGGUUCGAACCAUAUCCGGCAUCACGAGUAGUGUAAUUCUCUUCCAGGUCUCCGCAUAUUUGACCGAAAAGGUGUUCGGCUACGUUCCCUCUAGAGAGUCGUUUGAGACCAUGGAUACAAUUGUUAAAGAACAAAAUGCCGAAGCUCUGCGGAAAUCCAUGAUGUACAUCAUUAUGGCAGGCACAGCAUUGAAUACUAUUUGCUAUAUUUCGAUGUUUUUUAAGUAUACAGAGGAUAAAGAGGAUGCUAAUAAGGGAAAUACGGGACAAGAUGCAUCAGCAACGCAAGCACAACAAUGA